AGAGAGAUGGCAGCAAUGGGAGCUAUUUUGAUUGCGUUUAUGCUAGCAGCGUUACCAGCGGCGUUUGCGAUUCAGCAUAUCGUCGGCGGUAGUGAUCAAUUAUGGGUUCAAGGGGUCGAUUACGACAAAUGGGCUCAAGGCGAAAAAUUCACCGUCGGUGAUACAUUACUCUUUACAUACUCAAGCCUACAUAGUGUAUACCAAGUAACCGAAACCAACUACGGCAGUUGCAACACCGACAGCCCUAUUAAAAGAAACUCCGGCGGCUCAACCACCGUGACCCUCCCCACUCCGGGCACAUACUACUUUAUUUGUGCUACCGGUGGCCAUUGUGCCAGUGGCAUGAAAGUUGCGGUGACGGUACCCGGAGCUUCCGGCACAUCACCACCAUCUUCCGGCGGCAGCCCUCCAAAUACGCCGCCUUCUAGUACAACAUCCUCUCCGCCACCGCCAAGUGGUUCAACCGGAUACUUUAGGACUGUGAAUUGUUUGGUUGUUAUGUUUUCUUUGUUUGUAGCCAAGGUUAUGUGGUUUUAGAGCUAGGCAAGAGGCAGUGCUAAAAUGUAUGUUUUAUUAUUAUUGUACUUGUUAUUUUUCUUUAAUUUGUAUUUGAACAUGGAUGAUGAAUGCUGAUUAAUAUUUUGGUUAUCUUAAUAA